AUGUCGGCAAAACAAGUCACAGUAGCAGUCGUCGAUGAUAGCCCAUCAACAUAUGAAUCACGGCACGUACACGACGUCUACGACCAGAUCGCAAGCCACUUCUCCACGACGCGAUACAAACCAUGGCCCAUCAUAUCCCGCUUCCUGUCCGAUCUCCCCACGGGAUGGGUAGGCCUUGAUAGCGGGACUGGCAAUGGCAAAUAUCUCCCCCUCCCACUCGAACGACCAGGCGCUGUCCACACAAUCGGCCUUGAUAGGAGUCGCAACUUGCUCGAGAUUGCGAAGACGGCUGGAGAUAUACCGCGUGAAGUCGUUUGGGGAGAUGUUCUUGGACGUGGAUGGCGAAGUGGUGCUUUUGAUUAUGCGAUCUCGAUCGCGACAAUCCACCAUUUAGCCACGCCUGAGCGACGUCAGCAAGCCGUGGAGAGGCUUCUUGGUUGCGUAUCGGCAGAGCAUGGGCGUAUCCUGGUGUACGUCUGGGCGAUUGAGCAGGAUGACUUGUCCAAGAGAGCUAUACCGGUUGGCGGUGGGGAUCAGAUUGAGUCGCAGCAUGCUGCAGGGCAAGAUGUGUUUGUACCAUGGGUGCUCUCGCAACAGCAGCCUCGUGCGAAGAAGCCUCGCAGACAGAAGAAUUCAGACGUGCAGGCAGAAGAACUCCAAGCACUUGAAGUGGCGCCACAGACAUUUCAUCGUUAUUACCACAUGUUCGAGAAGGGCGAGCUGGACGCGUUGAUGCAGGGCGCCGCACAAUCCAUGGGACUCGUAUUGGGCAAAGCGGAAGACGCCUCUGAAGGCACCCCGGGCGUGGAGAUAGUGCAGAGCGGAUGGGAGAGAUCGAACUACUAUGUUGAAGCUCGCAGAUGGCGAAGAUGA